AUGAGUUGUCAGAACUCCUGCAAGUCUCGAGGAGGAGUAGGAGGAGGAGGAGGAAGAAGAGGAGGAGGAGGAGGAGGAGGAGGAUUCCGGGGCUUCAGCAGUGGCUCAGCCAUAGUCUCUGGAGGGAGCCGGAGAUCGACCUCCAGCUUCUCCUGCUUGAGCCGCCACGGAGGUGGAGGUGGAGGUCGAGGUGGAGGCUGCGGGGCCGGCGGCUUUGGCAGUCAGAGUGUUGUUAGCCUUGGAGGGAGCAAGAGCAUCUCCAUUUGUGUGGCUGGAAGAGGCGGCAGCUUUGGUUCUGGUGGUGGAUUUGGUGGCAGAGGAGGUAGCUUUGGAGGUUUUGGAGGUGGCAGCAGCUUCGGAGGAGGCAGCGGCUUUGGAGGCGGUGGUUUCGUUGGAGGCAGCGUUGGAGGAGGCCGCUUUGGAGGUGGCGGUGGCCCCGGAGGUUUUGGGGGUCCUGGUGGCUUUGGGCCUGGAGGAAUCCUUGGUGGAGGCAUCCAUGAAGUCUCUGUCAAUCAGAGCCUCCUGCAACCCCUCGAUGUAAAAGUAGACCCAGAGAUCCAGAAUAUAAAGUCUCAGGAGCGGGAACAGAUCAAAGCUCUCAACAACAAAUUUGCCUCCUUCAUUGACAAGGUGCGCUUCCUGGAGCAGCAGAACCAGGUACUGAAGACCAAGUGGGAUCUGCUGCAGCAGCUGGAUGUGAGAUCCCGCACCACCAACCUGGAGCCCCUCUUCCAAACCUACAUCAGCCUACUCCUGAAGCAGGUGGAUACGCUCUCUUCGGAAAGAACUGCACAGGAUUCAGAGCUGAACCACAUGCAUGAUCUUGUGGAGGAUUAUAAGAAAAAGUUUGAGGAUGAAAUCAACAAGCGCACAGCUGCUGAGAAUGAUUUUGUGACACUUAAAAAGGAUGUGGACAAUGGCUACACAAUCAAGGUGGCUCUGCAGGCCAAUGUAGAAGCACUGGCCCAGGAGAUUGACUUCCUGAGAAGGCUCUAUGAGGAGGAGCUGUCCCAGCUUCAACAGACUACCACCGAAACCAGUGUUGUCUUGUCCAUGGACAACAACCGCUUCCUGGAUCUAGAAGGCAUCAUUGCUGAGGUUCAGUCCCAGUAUGAAGAUAUUGCUCAGAGAAGCAAGGCUGAGGCUGAGGCCUUGUACCACAGCAAGUAUGAGGAACUGCAGCUCGUCGCAGGGAAACAUGGAGACAGCUUGAGAGAGAUCAAGAUGGAGAUCAGUGAGCUGAACCGCAUGAUCCAGAGACUACAAGGGGAGAUCUCACAUGUGAAGAAGCAGUGCAAGUGUGUACAAGAUGCCAUAGCUGAGGCUGAGCAGCGCGGAGAGCAUGCCAUCAAAGAUGCCCAGCAGAAGCUCAUAGACCUCGAGGAGGCCCUGCAGCAGGCUCGGGAGGAUCUGGCCCGGCUACUGCGUGACUACCAGGAGCUGAUGAGCACCAAGCUGUCCCUGGACAUCGAGAUUGCCACCUAUCGCAAGCUGUUGGAGGGUGAAGAGUGCAGGAUGUCUGUAGAACUCAGUGACAGUGUGACUAUGUCUGUGACAAGCAACACCAUCUCUUCAAAUGUGACAUCCCAGACUGGCUUUGGAGGCCAUAGUGUUGGAGGCAGAGGCUCCAUUUAUGGAGGAGGAGAAUAUAGCUCUGGAAGUGGCAGUCAUGGGUCUGGAGGCAGAAGAUCAGGCUCCAGAAGUGGUGGAGGAAGCUCUGGCAUUGGUGGUUCCAGAGGAGGCUGUGGCUCUGGAGGUGGCUCCAGGGGCGGUUCUGGCUCUGGAGGAGGAUACAUCUCUGGAGGUGGCUCCAGGGGAGGUUCUGGCUCUGGAGGAGGAUUCAACUCUGGAGGAGGUUCUGGCUCUGGAGGGGGUUCUGGCUCUGGAGGAUGUUCCAGCUCUGGAGGUGGCUCCAGGGGAGGUUCUGGCUCUGGAGGAGGAUUCAACUCUGGAGGAGGAUCGGGCUCUGGAGGAGGCUCUGGUUCUGGAGGAUGUUCUGGCUCUGGAGGAGGCUCCAGGGGAGGUUCCAGCUCUGGAGGUGGUUCCAGAAGAGUCUCUGGCUGUGGAGGGGGAGUUUCUAGCUCUGAAAGGGGUGGUUCUGGCUCAGGUGAAGGUUGCGGUUCUGGAGUGACCUUCUCUUUUAGAUAAAGAUGGGGUCCUCUUCAGCUUCUUCCAUUCCAGAAAGUAGAAGCCUGUUUCUGUACCUCUAACUGACAGCAUGACAAAUUUGCCAUCUACUUCUGAUGGCGUUUUGGGGGAAAGAUGCUUAUACAAAGUUUUUGAAAGUUCUUCUUUUCCAACCAGCUAUUGUAGUUAGAGACAGUGACACCCACUGUUUUCUGAGGGAAGAAUCUUCAUUGUCCAAAUUUGGCUUCCAGUAAUGCCCCACUCCUGGUUCCCUUGCCUCCUUGCUUUUCCCACUUGGGGGUCCUCUUCCAGAGGGUAUUCUACUGAGGACCCCAGGGCAGUCUACUGAUGCCUUCUCAGAGCCUACACUUUUCUCAGGGAGGUACUCCAGGGAACUGUGCUUCUGUGUACAUAGCCCCUCUUGUUGGCUCUGCUUUCUGAGUGCUGUGGUCUGGGUGU